AUGUUCUACAAAAUGAAAUUGGAGAGGAAUAUAAAAGUGGAGCCUCAUCUUCUAGAGCGGACCUUACACCGCCAUCUUGAAGAGUACCUUCGUAAGGCGGUUGAGGGGACGCCGCUGCACCUAUCGCUAGGAAAUGCGUUGCGAAGUGGUUUGGCCCGCACAAAUCAGAAUUCUUCGGCGGUCAUUAUUGCCGUCCUCGACAUAUUAAACACAAGUUCGCUGGAAGGAAGGGUGUUGGAUGACGGGAGCGUGUCCUUCUUCGUGAAGUACGAGGGGCUUGUGUUUAAACUUCACCGUGGUGAGGUAAUUGACGUGAUAGUCAGUAGUGUGGAGCGUGAGGGCUGGUGGGGUGACGUAAUGGGCGUCGGGCGCAUGUACAUUAGUCGUGGACAAAUGGGCAAUGAGUGGGUUUACGAAAGUGAUGGUAUGAGGGGUAUUUGGAUCACAAAAGAUGGCGCACGGUCCGUAAAGGAGGGGGAAAUUGUUCGCGUACGUGUGGUUGCGGAGACACCACAGUCGGAAGGCGUACUGGCAGUUGGUUCGAUGGUAGGGAAUUAUUUAGGACCACUGUAG